AUACAGGAGUUGCAGGACCAAACCAUGUGGUCGGCGCGUGGUUUGGUUAUACCGAGAGUUACACGUGUAAUUGUCAAAAUACCAUUGUUUUACACGUAACCCGUCCAUCCACGAGUUAUUAAUGUAUGGGGUGUAGUUAUCAAACACGUCAGCCCAUUGCGAAUACAGUGUUAAAAUGCAAAUGAAGUUGAGUGCACGGCGCGAAUCUGCAACCAGAGAUGCAGAUGAUUUAGUUCUUACGAGAAAAGGCGGAGGUAGUAUAAUAGAUCAUCGGCCCGUCUUUUCUCACGAUGGAGAAACACUGUACAUAAUAUGGAAACAAAUUAUAAGAGCCUAUAGUACACAAACAGGAGACUUUGUAAAAGAAUUGGAACCAGCUAAUCUUAGAAUUGCUGGAUUAACAGUACACCCGGAAAAUUUUAAUACUAUUAUUGCCUGUACAGAGAAUGGAGAACUCAAUUUUUGGAAUUGUCAAAGUGGCAUUAUCACGAAAAAAUUAAAAUUGGUAUUCCAAGAGGAACCAAAAGUGAAAACCUUUCACAUUGUAAAUUAUAAGACUCAUACAGCGAAUCAGUUAAGUCAAGUUCUUGUGACCUAUGUUUCAAAAUGUAACACAAAGAUUUAUGUAGUGUUAUUUGACUUGGAUAGUGGAGUUAGUACAAAAUCUACAUGUAUAUCAAUUUAUUCCCAAGAGUAUUAUGUUGAUAUAAUUGGAAAUCAUGGGGAGAAUUUAAUAGCGGUUCUUCAUGAUCUGGAUUUACAUAUAUUAAAUCCAGCAAGGAAUCUUGUAGACAAAUUACACAAAACAGGCAAAACAGGUAGAAUACCAACAUGUAUUGCUGGACAUCCAGAAGAAGAAUGCGUCGCUACGGGAGAUUCGACUGGUCGUGUUGUGGUAUGGAGGAAUUUAUUCCAAACAAGGCCAUAUACAGCGGUCUAUCAUUGGCAUACACUACCAGUUACUGAAAUUGCAUUUAGUAAAUCAGGUGGUCAUAUGUAUACCGGUGGAGGCGAGUGCGUAUUAGUAAAAUGGGUUUUAGCGAAUCCGCUCCAUAAAUCUUUUCUUCCUCGAUUACCAGCACCUAUAAAACAUCUUACUAUUGCUCCAGAUAAUUUGUACGUUGGUGUUUCUACAUUGGACAAUGGCAUCGUAGUUGUGAAUCCACAAAGAAAGUUGACCUCAGUAAUACAGAAUUUCACAUGGGGUGUAGCUUUGUCUUCCCAAGAUUUAUUCCCUGCUGGCCUUGUUGUUGAUCCACGUACAGGCUCUCUUGUUUUAAACAGUCGUACUGGACAUGUUCAAUUUUAUAACACCUACACAAAAAGUCUAUUGUACAAUAUAAAUAUUACGGCACAAAAUUUUUUAACUCAAGAGCGCAGCUUAAUCAUUGUAAAUACAGAAGUUACGAAAAUAGCUUUAAAUCACGACGGAACUUGGAUGGCGACUGUCGAGGAACGUAACGAUAAAUUAUCAUGCAUAGAAGUUAGGCUCAAGUUUUGGAUGUUCGAUGCAAAAGAACAAUUGUUCUCAUUAAACACGUCGAUUGAACUUCCCCACGAGGGAGGCGUUAAUGCAUUACAAUUUCAACCGACCACGUUACUCGACGAAGAUGGACCACUUGUAGUUACAACUGGUAGGGACAAGAAAUUCAAAUUGUGGCAUCUUGAUGAGUCUACGUCUAUGUAUAAAAAUACAAAACAUUGGCAAUGCCACAGUGUAGGGGAUUAUAGAAAUCUGCCUGUAACGGACGCGGGUUUCUCAGUAGAUGGCUCAUUAGUUGGUAUUGGUUUUAGUUCUAGUGUAACAAUGUGGACACCAGAUACGUGUACAUUUAAAUGCAGUCUUACUCAGAGUCAAUAUCAACAACCAAUAACACGGAUCGAGUUUGGAAAACAAGAAAGUUGUCAUCUUGUUGUCGCAGCUUCCAAAGAACACAUUGCAGUUUGGAAUAUCUUGUCUCUUACGUUGAUAUGGAGUGUGCCUUUAAAGGUUGCAACUCUCGCAGCUGAUCCCAAAUCUACCCAUAUGGCUGUUUUUACAACUGAUAAUUCGCUGUUUGUGUUUACACCUCAGAAUCUGUCGCCCGUGUACACGAGAAAAAACGUUAUUGAAAAGAACAGUUCUAUUUUGGGAGCAACCUUUGUAUCGCAUCUUCAAGAUAAACGUGAUCCCUCGUAUAAACGGUGGCAGCGAAAGUCGCAGCUAUUCUUUUUAGAUUCUAAUCAAGAAUUAUUAACGUUGGAACCAGAGUCCGAGGUGACUAUAACCCUAGAAACUCUGUCUUCGAAUGGUUCUGUACCCGCCACCGCCUUCGCCAAUAUGAUAGCAGCUAAAACAACUGUAGACAAGGAGAAAGUAACUUCAUACGUGCACGGAGAACUGGGUAUAUCAGGAAAGGGAAUGGUCGAAGAACUCCUCAGCGUCUCGUCCCACACUUUGCCGCCCAUGAAACUGCUCUGUGCAUCUUUCAUCGCCUCUCUAUUGAUGUCAUCGACAUCGAAGGCCCAAUCAACGGCUGACAAGUACGACAGGGACGAUCGUGUAAACAACGAAGAGGAAUCAGCGGAAGAGAGCGAGAGUGAAUCUUCACGACCAACGAAACCGGAAUCUUCUGGUGUUGUUGAAAACGAUGAUACAGACGAGACGAAUAUGCAACUGGUCGACCAAAAUUGGACCUUCCUGAGUACCAUACUUCCUGACCAAGACGACAUGGAGACUAUUGAACAUUGAUCAACACGGAAAGAAGAU